AUGGAGGAGUGCAUGGCAGCAAGCACUCUAAUGAAUCAGAAAGAGAAUUUGUGCAAAGAAGAUGGUGCUAACAAAGUUGAUGAAGGAUAUUUCAGGAGUUUGAUUGGUUGCUUGAUGUAUCUCACAGCAACAAGGCUUGAUAUUUUGAAUGCUGUAAGUAUUUUGUCUCGAUUCAUGCAUUGUGCAAGUGAAUUACAUCUCAAGACAGCCAAAAGAGUGAUUCGAUAUGUCAAAGGCACAAGUCGACUAGCAAUCACCCAACAUGAAGAUGAUACCAUUUCCCUUUUUAUUAACUGCAACAAUGCUAGAGCUUCGUUUACGCAUGCAGUAGCUGAUGGAGUCACCAUUUCUGACAUCAUUAAACCUAUUUAUGUACCUACUAUCAUUCACUCCUUUUUCCCAUUAAACGAGCUCACAAACUUUGAGGGUACUAGGAACCCGGUACUUGGAAUACAAGUAACAGAUCUUAUAGAUGGUAUAUUCAUUGGUUGCACCAACAAUCAUGUUGUGGUGGAUGGGACAUCAUUCUGGCAUUUCUUGAAUUCAUGGUCAGAAAUUUCCAAGGGUUUGAUUCACUUAUCCAAGCCCCUUGUUUUUCAAUGCUGGUUUCCUGAUGAUACAAUAAUCCCCAUUCGCAUUCCUCGAUCUGCAGUCAAACUUAAACAAAGCAACAAAGAGUUGGAGUCCAUUCUACCUGGUUUAAAGGAAUGA